GGUUUGAUACCGCAUCCAAAACUCCAACCGUCACACAUCACUGUCAAGUCUACAACAUUGUAUAAAAUCACUUCGUCUUUGAGAACCUGGAAGCUUCAAUUUCUUGAAGGUUGAUUGGAAGCCUUUCCCCCUUUAUUACUCUGUCUAUUGCUCGUUUCUGAUUGCUAGGGACCGGUGUUGGGACUUGUCAAGUCGGUUGGUCUUUCUUUUUCUUCUUUGAACCAUUUUUUCUCCCUUUUGGGACCUACCCAGGAAGUCUUUCCCUCGGGUUGUAUCAGGUCUCCCAACAAUCUAACAGCACCAUUGGAUUCAUAGUUUAGACUGACUUGUGAUUUGGGUGGAUAUUGAUUUACCUGUAAAAGGCUUUGUGUAUUGUUCUUCCAUUCAGUUCAACCCCCAUUGCGUCAUGGUUGCUCAGGAGCCCGUGACCAUCGUGGUCGAGCACCUGGACCCCGAGUUGGGUAUCUGGUCUGCCCUGGAAUAUGGGUGUAUUGCUCGCGAGGCCCACGCCUCUGGUAGCCGGUUUCUUCUCAGCUCCGUUCCGCCUUCCUUGCAGGUGCCGGCCGACCUGGCGGCGACUCAAGGAUUUGGGAUCGAACACCGUAGUGUCGAGGAGAUUUUUGCGGACCGUAAGUCCAAGGUCUGCCUGCUAGACCCGUCCGCAGACACUGAGCUGAGCCCUGCGGAUGGGGAUAACUUUGAGGUGUUCCUCUUCGGAGGUAUUCUUGGCGACGAUCCUCCCCGCGACCGCACAUCGGAAUUGCGCAAAAAGGGCUACGCAGGACGGCGAUUAGGCCCCAAACAGAUGACGACCGACACCGCCGUGCGAGUGACGCGCAUGGUGGUUCAUGAAAAAGUGCCCCUCGAGAAGAUCCAAUAUGUCGACUAUCCUGAGAUCCACAUCAACGAGCAUGAACGCACCGAGAUGCCGUUCCGCUAUGUCCGGGGAGACGAUGGACAGCCCAUUAUGCCAACGGGAAUGGUCGACCUGAUCAAAAAAGACGCCGAAAAGAGCAUUGACGAUCUGUUCUAGGUUUCGCAGAUCGAGUGCAUAUCAGUCUCCGUGGCAGCAGAGGAAGCUGCAGUAUGCCAGGAUUCUAUCUGGGUUGGUAGCCAGGGGCACCAAAUGAAAGAAGACAUGAUUAGAAGAAGACAAAGAAGAUCCACCGCAAGACCUAAA